UUCAACUAGGGAAGCAAAACGACUGUAUGCUUUUCUACCCAAUCCAGUUUUCCUCAUACUCGGACAUCUCUAUUAACAUGGGCAGAGGGACCUAACCUCUGUACAAGAAGUUUUGAAAUCUUCAGUCUCCUGGAGUCACUAGAGAGCAGCAGAAACUCCUCUCUCGAAUUAUUACUUACUGAUUGACGUCUUCAUGCUUUCACUUGCAAGGCGACUGCAGAGGUUGCAGUUGCAGCCUCUUGAUCAAUGUCAGUCCCAGCAGCUUCGUAGGGCCAGGACCGGUGGUUCUUCUUCUUCGAGGAGGAGGAGCAAGAUGUUGAAGAAGCCGGACGACAAAUCAGAAUGGUGGGUAGUGGAUGGGGAGAUGCACGAGAUCGGUGAGAAUGUGCCUCCGAGGGAGCGCUUCGUAAUCCCAAGAGAUAACCUCCCCAACAAGCGCCGAAAACAAAUGAGAGAGCAGUUCAUGCGCAGAACUCGCCUCGUACUUAAGGAAUCUGAGCAUGAGCCCUGGUGCAAAAGAUAUAUGGAACUAUAUAAUGAGCUCAGAGAGAACUGGGAAAGGCUAUACUGGGAUGAAGGCUAUUCCAAGAAACUUGCCCAAGAUCAUGCCAAUUAUGAAUCUGCUGAAGAUGAUGAUCUGGAUUUUUCUCCAUACAGGAGAAGGCGAUCCAAUGCUGAGCAAACGAAGGGGCUGAGUUUUGUGAAACAUGGACAAAGUGAUACCUGGGAAAAGGUGGGCCAAAUUCGGGACAAGUUUGAGUAUGACAGGGAGAGAAGAAUGAGAGAGAAAGCAUUUGCCCCCAUGAACGAUGGAUCUGGAUUUGAUUCCCGUGAUUCAAGCUCCAGGGUUCUUCCUUUUGAUGCCCAGAAAUAUUUUUCUGGGUCCGAGGAAGAGUGAGUGAAACUUGACAAGAUACAAGAGAAUUCCUGGAAUGCAGGUUCAGCCUCACACACCCAACUCUAAUCUCAUGAAAUGGACUAGCUCAUGUUGGUUGGUAGAUCAAAGGUGGAAACCCGAUUAUCUGAAUGCAGGAGCCUUAAAAGUUGAAUUUGUAUAGUUGUAUGGAGUCUCACAACAAAAGAGGAGCUAAAAUCAUAUAGGAUGGGAUUAUUUUCAUGUUGUAUCAAUUGUUUCCUGAGAUUUUCUUUUUCAAGGUAUAUUGAUUUGUCGCGCUUCUAUUUAAUGAUAUAGUCGUGAGCCUUGCUUACUGCCAAGGUGUCUA